AUGGCCACCGUCGCAGCACCCACACACUACGACGCCAUCAUCAUCGGCUCCGGCCAGGGCGGCACGCCCCUCGCCAAGGCCUUCGCCGAGGCCCAGCACAAAACCGCCCUGAUCGAACGCGCCCACGUCGGCGGCUGCUGCGUCAACGAGGGGUGCACACCCACGAAGACCAUGAUCGCGUCCGGCAGGGUCGCGGAGCUGACGCGCCGGGGUCCGGGGGUCCGGCAGCGGAAGCGAGAGAUCGUCGACUCGUUCCGGAGCGGAGGGGAACGUCGAUUGAAGGCGGCUGGGGUCGAUGUCUUGAUGGGGGAGGCGAGCUUCGUGGAUGGGAGGACGCUGGCGGUGGCGAUGCGGGAUGGCAGCAGCAAAAUGGUUACCGGCGGGACGAUUGUAAUUAAUACAGGGUGUCGGCCGUCUGUUCCGGAGAUUGAGAAUCUUGAUGCGAUUCCGCGGGACAGGGUCUUGGAUUCGACCUCGGUGAUGGAGUUGGACCGCGUCCCCGAGCAUUUGGUGGUGGUUGGUGGCGGGUAUAUUGGGGUCGAGUUCGGGCAGCUGUUCCGGAGACUCGGGGCUAGGGUUACCAUCCUCCAUCGCGGGACGCAGCUGCUGCCGCGCGAGGAUCCGGAGCUGGCGAGGAUGCUGCUCGAUAUCUUCCGGGAAGAUGGGGUGGACGUCUUGCUGGAGACGAUACCCGUUCGUCUUCAGCCGGUCGCCGACGACAGUUUUGAUCUUUCGAUCACGUCAAAGCAAGGCGACCGAGUCCUAAGUGGCGUGUCACAUAUCCUCUUCGCGGCUGGGCGCGUACCGAACACUGAACAACUAAAUCUAGAUGCAGCAGGUGUGAAGACGGAUAAAAGGGACUAUAUUACCACCAAUGAAUUUCUGGAGACAUCUGUGCCUUCUAUCUAUGUGUUGGGUGAUGUCAAAGGCCCUCCUGCGUUCACGCAUGUCUCCUACGACGACUUCCGGAUCCUCAAGUCAAGCCUCCUAGCAACCCACCCGCCAGCGGCUAAGCAGUCAACCAGAGGCCGGUUGAUCCCCUAUGUGGCGUUCACUGACCCUCAGUUCGCGCAUGUGGGAUUACACGAGCACGAGGCACGAGAGAAAUAUCCCGACAAGAGGAUCCUCACUGCGCUGAUGCCGAUGAGCUAUGUAGCACGGGCCUUGGAGAUCGACGAGGUCAGAGGAGCCAUGAAGGCGGUCGUUGAUGGAGAGAGCAAGCUCAUCCUGGGAUUCUCAUGCUUGGGAGUCGAGGGCGGGGAGCUGAUGAGUGUCGUGCAAAUGGCCAUGGCGGGGAAUUUGUCGUAUGAGAAGUUGCAGGAUGGUAUCUUUGCACAUCCCACUCUUGCAGAAUCCUUGAAUAAUCUUUGGGCGUUUUUGAAGUGAUUCGUCGCCGGCGGAAGUUAUUUAUUGUGUCAUUCGCUAGCCGGUCGCCCCUAUAUAUAUUACCGGGGCAAGCACUGGUUCCAUGUUUUGGGUACACAGCGGAACUGCUGACUACCAUGAAACUUCAGCACGAAAAAAGCUAAACAGGGACUGAAUAGGGAGA